UCAACCCCGAGAUCUGAACCUCUACUUUUGUCAAUCCUCUUUGGGUAUAACUAUUGUCACGUUUGAAAAUAUCUUGCAAAACGUAGAGAAUGUAUAAUUGAAAAUGACGCAUAGAUUUAAUUCAGAAUUCGUAAAGCAAUUCCUCCAGGUAGAGGAUAAAUUCAUCAGCAAAAUGUUCUCAAGAAUGCCACUCUCAACUGACGAGUUAGAAGAACAAGGAAAAGGGGAUGAUGAAGGGGGACAGCAGCAGAACAACAAAGCAAAAUCAUUCAACUCUAAUGGCAAUCCGAAACGUGCUCUGACAUCCGAAGAACUCUACCAGAAAUUCAACGAAUUAAAAGGUCAAAAGAAACUCAGUUAUAAACAGAAACAUCUAAAGAAAGGCUUAAAAAACCGCAUUAGGAAGAGAUCUAAGCGCGAGGAGCGAGUGAUGCACAAGAACCUUAUAAGAUCAGAACUGAAUGCCGAUGGAGUGCAGCUAAAUGACAGGGAGGAGGUGGAAGUCGCUCCAAGGGUGCCCCGUGCCAAGCCAGUUUUCAAUAGUAACGGUCACAUGGUGUUUAGUAAAUUUGAUUUCUCAGAUAUUGGAAAUAAGAAGAAAGCUCAGAAAACUGAGAGCCAUCCGAAGAAGGUCCUGGGACAGCUGAAGGAGAAGAAAGAACGAUUGAAGGAUCUAGUUACUUCUGGAGAAAUGGAAAAAGCAAUGGUGUUACAGGAGAGGGAUGCAUGGAAAGCUGCUCUCGCUAAGGCUAAUGGAGAAAAAGUAAAAGAUGAUCCAGAACUGCUGAAACGAACGAUCAAACGCGACGAACAACAGAAAAAACGAAGUUCCAAAAAAUGGGAGUCCAGGAUAUUUAGAAUUGGGAAAGCUCAACAGGAGAAACAACGUAAACGAACAGAAAACAUCAUGAAGAAGAAAAAGGACAAGAAAACAAAUAAAAUGAAAAAGGCUUCUAAGAAAGGUCGCAUAAUUCCAGGAUUUUAAAUUGUUUUUUAGGAGUAUACUAAAAUAAAGUGGCGAAAUGAAUUUCUCA